GCUUAUCCUUUUUCUGGCUAAAUUGUGAAAUUCACAGCGAUUAGCAAGUUCCAGGAUGACGAAUUCGUGGACCCAAAACGUAGCUGUCACGCCGCCGUGAGUUUGUUUACGGUUCUCGGCAUGAGCAGCGAGGAGAUUGAGGAGCAGCUACCGGAAUGUUGCGGAUCUGGAUGUACAAACUGUGUGCUGGACCUCAAACCUGAUCGUCAUCAACCAUCAGUUGGCGUCAGUAACGUGUUUGAUCGUACGUAUCAACGAUUCACCUGCUGCGAGAUCACACAAGAGACAGAGCAGGUGUUUCGAUUCCGGUUUCAGCUGCAACAGGAACGAGUUCCCGGUCAAACACUGUAUAUACCCCCGGGAUGCCAUCUGCUGUUACGUGCGCCCCGGCACAGGAGCAACGAUCUGGCGGAUGAAAAGCUAAAAUCAUGGCGCGAGAACCAUCCCGCAUCCUGCCAUACCCGGCCGGCGCCUACUGCUCGCAUCAAGAAGUACGACACAAAGGAAGACGAUCUGUACCUUAGUAGGCCGUACACACCGGUGGCUCAUCGACGGGAAGAUUGCAGCUUCGAGGUGCUCAUAAAAAUGGAACCGGACGGCGCUAUGACCGAUUACCUAUUGUCGCUAAACGUCGGAAGUGUUACGGAAUGGAAGGGAGUAUACGGAGAAUUCUCGUGGGAUCGUAAUCGGUAUCGCAAUCUGGUGGCCUUCACUCAAGGAGUAGGCAUAGCACCCAUCUACACCGCGUUCCGAGCGAUCCUGGAUGACGAGGAGGAUGAAACACACCUAACUUUGGUGGCCUGUUUCCGCGAUCUCCAGAGUGUGCUAUUGCGCGAUCGAUUGCGCGAGAUGGCCAGCUAUUGGAACUUCCGAUAUUCUAUCUACACCUCCAGGAAGAGCAGCGAUGCUGUUAGCACCUUCCGUUCGGAUCCGAUUAAAUACAAGGAACCAAUUUACGAACAACGGCUGGAUGGAAAGGAUGUCGAACGUUUAUUGAGUAGCCUACCGUCGAGGGCAAGCGAUUCCUUGCUCGUACUGCUUUGUGGGACCGAACCAUUUACAAGAUUCCUCACAGGAUGCUUAGAAAAGAUGGGAAUAGAAAACUGUUUUACAUUCUACACCGUGGCCAGAGUGCAUUCAAGCCUUCCUCGAUGA